GAAAAGGAAAACUCCUAUAUAAGCCAAAGCUACCUCUGAGGUUGUAACCCUAGUCGCUCUGAGCCACCUCUUGGCUCUACAACACUUCUCCUUUUUCUAUCUCAUUCUUUAAACCCUUUUCUUCAUCACUCAUUCGCCUCAUCUCCAACUUCUUCACAGGUUUCAGAAGUCACAGAUUUUCAGGAGUUGCCACCAUGUCGGACGAUGAAAGGGAGGAGAAGGAGUUGGAUCUCUCUUCUCAUGAAGUUGUCACCAAAUACAAGACUGCGGCUGAGAUCGCUAACAAUGCCUUGAAGUUAGUUAUUUCAGAAUGUAAACCUAAGGCCAAAGCUGUGGACAUUUGUGAGAAAGGGGAUUCAUAUAUUAGAGAACAAACUGGAAAUGUGUACAAGAACGUGAAGAGGAAGAUUGAGAGAGGUGUUGCUUUCCCAACUUGCUUAUCUGUAAACAAUGUACUAAGAAUUUCAGAGCUCAUUUGUUUCAGACUUUGUGAAGAAUGAAAAAUAAUAGAUGGUCAGGUUUAGAAGU